AGUAAUGAGAGGCCAUGAGCGCGCGCAGAGAUCUGCUGUUUACAUUGUCUGUCGUCUCAGAAUUCAAACUACCAUGAGAUCAAAUUGUGGAUAAAAAAAAUAUAAUUUUAAAUCGUUCACUUGGGUUUAUCGAUUAUUGACUUCGAUAUAAGGCUGCCAUGGGAUCCCUCUUCCGCAGUGAGGAGAUGUGUCUGGUCCAACUUUUCCUCCAGGCAGAUUCGGCCUACAAUUGUGUUAGCGAGCUUGGAGAACUGGGAUUAGUUGAAUUCAGAGAUUUGAAUCCAAAUGUGAAUGCCUUUCAGAGGAAGUAUGUUUCUGAGGUGAGAAGAUGUGAAGAGCUGGAGAAAACCUUCACAUUCCUGGAGCAAGAGAUCAGUCGUUGCCUCUGUCCUCCUCUGAAAGGGCUUCUAUCCACUGCUGUCCCAAUCCCACCAGCACCACAGCCAAGAGAGCUGCUUGCCAUUGAUGAGGAGAGUGAGCGACUGGCCAGAGAGCUCAGAGAGGUGUCACGGAACAGGGACAGUCUACUUCGCCAACUGACCCAGCUCUGCCAGUACAAAGGGGUCCUGAAGCAAACCCUUUCUGUUCCAACUUCACAGGUUCCGCUUCCAACUCUUGAGACAACAGCGCUGUUGGACAACAGGCAAGACAUUCGUUUGAGUUUUGCUGCUGGUGUAGUCCAUCCAUGGAAGGUUCCAGUGUUUGAGAGGUUGCUGUGGCGAGCAUGUCGUGGUUACAUCAUUGUAGACUUCUGGGAGAUGGAGGAGAAGCUGGAAGUGCAAGACACUGGUGAGAUGAUUCAGUGGACUGUCUUCUUGAUCUCCUUUUGGGGAGAGCAGAUUGGACAGAAAGUCAAAAAGAUCUGUGAUUGUUUCCAUACAAACAUGUUUGUGUAUCCUGAAAGCUUGGAGGAGAGAGAGAGAAUAUUGCAAGGGCUGGAAUGCAGGAUAGUCGACAUCAAAAUGGUGUUGUCUCAAACAGAGCAGUACAUGCAGCAGAUUCUGUCUCGCUGUGUGUGUGUGCUGCCAGAAUGGAGGAUGCUUGUGCAAAAGUGUAAAGCUAUACAGACUGUUCUCAACCUCUGCAGCCCUUCAGUCACUGACAAAUGUCUCAUUGCAGAGGCCUGGUGCCCUGUGGGCAAACUGCUGCUGCUCCAGAGUGCUCUGAUAGAAGGAACAAGAAAGAGUGGUAGCAGUGUAGACUCCUUCUACAACCAAUUACCUGCCCCCACCUCUCCCCCGACACUCUUCAACACCAACGUAUUCACCUCCAGCUUCCAAAACAUUGUGGAUGCUUACGGUGUGGCCAGUUACAGAGAGGUUAAUCCAGCCGUGUACACAAUUAUCACUUUUCCCUUCUUGUUUGCGGUGAUGUUCGGAGAUGUUGGUCAUGGUUUACUCAUGACAUUUGCUGCCUUAUGGAUGGUGCUGGAGGACAGAGACCCUAAAAUGAAGAACAGCACUAAUGAGAUAUGGCAAAUGCUGUUUGGUGGGAGAUAUCUAAUUUUGCUGAUGGGACUGUUCUCCAUCUAUACUGGAGCUGUUUAUAAUGAGUGCUUCAGUAAUGGACUGAGUCCUCUGUCCUCUAGCUGGCACCUCAAACCAAUGAUACAGCACUGUAACUGGAGUGAGGAAACUCUGAGAGGGAACCAGUACCUCACUUUGGAUCCAAAUGUAACUGGAGUAUUUCAGGGACCAUAUCCAUUCGGCAUUGACCCGAUCUGGAGCCUAGCCAACAACCACCUCACCUUCCUCAACUCCUAUAAGAUGAAGAUGUCCAUCAUCAUCGGGGUUGUCCAUAUGACGUUUGGGGUCUGCUUGUCUUUCUUCAACUAUAUGUACUCAGGGGAUAUGAGCAGUGUGUUCCUGGUGCUGAUACCUGAGCUAGUGUUCAUGCUGUGUCUUUUUGGGUACCUUGUAUUUAUGGUAGUUUUCAAGUGGAUUGCAUUCGGACCUCAGGAUUCUGACCAUGCUCCCAGCAUCCUAAUCCACUUCACUGACAUGUUCUUGUUUGCUCAGAACCCAAACAACCCGCCACUUUAUCCAGGACAGAUAAUAGUGCAGAGAGUACUAAUGUGUUUGGCGCUGCUCUCAGCUCCGGUGCUAUUACUGGGAAAGCCACUCCAUCUCUCCUUAAAACACAAGAGGAGCAGGAGAACGGAAGAUCAGCACCCCCUAGUCACAGACACCAGCUCUAUAAAUGCUCAAUUAGGAGAUCUAGAGGGAGGAGGGGGACCAGAAGAACAGGAGUUUGACUGCACAGAGGUUUUUAUGCACCAGGCAAUCCACACCAUAGAGUAUUGCUUGGGCUGCAUCUCCAACACUGCCUCGUACCUUAGACUAUGGGCCCUUAGUCUUGCCCAUGCACAGCUGUCUGAGGUACUCUGGGUGAUGGUGAUGAGAAUUUCCCUCUCAUGGCAAGGCUAUGUGGGAUCAGUGGUUUUGUCAGUAAUCUUCUCCAUCUUCGCUAUGCUUACCGUCUCAAUCCUGCUCGUCAUGGAGGGGCUGUCAGCCUUCUUGCAUGCCCUGCGUCUGCACUGGGUGGAGUUCCAGAACAAAUUCUACAGCGGAUCAGGAUACAAGUUCAACCCCUUCUCCUUUGCAUCAAUCUUGCAUCCAGAGUAAAUUUAAACUGUAACUGUCCUGUAGCUGUCCUUGUACUUAAUUGUGGAGCUGAAUUUAGGGUGAUUCAUUAAAGGGGCCAUAUUCUAAUUGUAUUUUUGCCCCCUUGAUGUGCACUUCUAAUGUUAUUCAGUGAUCAAUGUAUAAAAAUAUUAUAGUCAUUGAAUCUGCAUUUUAAUAUGGGAUAAAAUCAACAAACAGCAUACUCCCCGGAUUACAAUUCAAAGGCUGCAUAAGCAGAGAGAACGAGUGCAUUAUGAAGCCUCAUACAAUUGUGCAGCUGAAGAACUGCAUAAUGGAUGAAUGGGGGAAAAUUCUGCUUGCUAAACUUAAACUUGUGUCUUCAGUGCCCAAAUGCCUGUGUUAUAAGAAAUGGUGGUUACAAGAUGAUAAACACUCAACUUUCCCAACUUUUUUUAGCACGUGUUGCAAUCAUCUGAUUUUAAAUUUUAUAUUUUCAAAGAAAAUUAAAAACAUUCACAAGGUAAAACAUCAAAUGUGUAGAUGUAGUACUUUCAAUAAAGCACAAGGUUA